CUGCGCCUGUGCGCGCCCGGAGGAGCCGCGGGGAGCGCUCGGGCUCGGGCUCGGGGGGUGGAUGGCGAACGGCCGCGGCCAGGCGGCGGCCGGCAUGGGGGAGAGCGGCGGCGCGGCGGGGCGAGCGGCCUGCUAGGGGGUGCCUCGCUGCCCCGGCCUUCCUCCUUCUCUUCUUCCUCCUCCUCCUCCUCCUCUCCCCGCCGGCCGGGAAGCAUGAACGGGCAGCGGGGGUGCUGCUCCUCGCCGCCGCCCCGCCGGUGAGAGCGCGGAGCGAGGGAAGAUGGGGGCCGUCCUGCGCAGCCUGCUUGCCUGCAGUUUUUGUUCCCUGAUGAGAGCUGCCCCGCUGUUGCUGUACGCAAACCGACGUGACCUGCGGCUGGUGGACGCUGCACACGGGAAGGAGAACGCCACUGUGAUCGUGGGUGGCCUAGAGGACGCAGCAGCAGUGGACUUCGUGUUUGUGAAGGGGCUGAUAUACUGGAGUGAUGUAAGUGAAGAAGCCAUUAAACGAACAGAGUUCAAUAAGUCUGGGAGUGUACAAAAUGUGGUAAUCUCUGGACUUUUGUCACCUGAUGGGCUGGCAUGUGACUGGCUGGGAGAGAAAUUAUACUGGACGGAUUCUGAAACAAAUCGGAUUGAAGUUUCCAAUUUAGACGGAUCACUGAGGAAAGUUUUGUUUUGGCAAGAAUUGGAUCAACCCAGAGCAAUUGCCUUAGAUCCUGCAAGAGGAUUCAUGUACUGGACAGACUGGGGAGAAGUGCCAAAGAUAGAACGUGCUGGGAUGGAUGGUUCAAGCCGCUCCAUUAUAGUCAACACGGACAUUUAUUGGCCAAAUGGAUUGACGUUGGAUUAUGAGGAACAGAAACUUUAUUGGGCAGAUGCUAAACUGAAUUUCAUCCACAAAUCAAAUCUCGAUGGAAGUCAUCGGCAAGCGGUGGUUAAAGGCUCCCUUCCACAUCCUUUUGCUUUGACGCUGUUUGGGGACAUGUUGUACUGGACGGACUGGAACACACAUUCAAUCUUGGCCUGCAGCAAGUACUCUGGGGAGGACCUGCGUGAAAUACAUUCCAACAUCUUCUCUCCCAUGGAUAUCCAUGCUUUCAGCCAAAAGAGGCAGCCAAAUGCUACAAACCCAUGUGGAAUUAAUAAUGGUGGCUGCUCCCACUUGUGUUUGAUGUCUCCUACCAAGCCCUCUUAUCAGUGUGCAUGUCCCACUGGUGUGAAACUUCUUGAGAAUGGAAAGACCUGCAAAGAUGGUGCCACUGAAUUGCUGCUUCUAGCCCGCCGGACAGAUUUGAGGCGGAUUUCAUUAGACACCCCAGAUUUUACUGACAUCGUUUUACCACUAGAGGACAUCCGUCAUGCCAUCGCCAUUGACUUUGAUCCUCUGGAAGGGUACAUCUAUUGGACCGACGAUGAAGUUAGAGCCAUUCGCCGCUCACUUAUCGAUGGGUCAGGUAGCCAGUUUGUUGUCACAGCACAGAUUGCUCAUCCUGAUGGCAUUGCUGUGGACUGGGUUGCCCGAAAUCUAUAUUGGACUGACACUGGCACAGACCGUAUUGAAGUUACAAGGCUUAAUGGGACCAUGAGAAAAAUCUUGAUAUCAGAAGACCUGGAAGAACCCAGAGCUAUUGUGCUGGAUCCUAUGGUUGGGUACAUGUACUGGACCGACUGGGGAGAAAUCCCAAAGAUCGAGAGGGCAGCAUUAGAUGGCUCAGACAGGAUUGUGCUGGUAAACACCUCACUUGGCUGGCCAAAUGGACUGGCAUUGGAUUAUGAAGAAAACAAAAUAUACUGGGGAGAUGCCAAAACAGACAAAAUAGAGGUCAUGAAUGCUGAUGGAACUGGGAGAAGAGUUCUGGUGGAGGACAAGCUGCCUCAUAUCUUUGGAUUCACGUUGCUGGGAGACUAUGUUUAUUGGACAGACUGGCAAAGACGCAGUAUUGAACGUGUGCAUAAAAGAACAGCAGAAAGAGAGAUCAUCAUAGAUCAACUGCCUGAUCUAAUGGGCCUCAAAGCUACAAAUGUCCUCCAGAUAAUUGGUACAAACCCAUGUGCAGAGGAUAAUGGCGGUUGCAGCCAUCUUUGUCUGUACAGACCACAAGGCCUUCGCUGUGCUUGCCCCAUAGGCUUGGAGCUCAUCAAUGAUAUGAAGACCUGCAUUGUCCCAGAGGCUUUCCUGCUGUUUUCCCGGAGAGCAGACAUCAGACGGAUCUCUUUAGAAACGAACAACAACAAUGUUGCUAUUCCACUCACUGGAGUUAAGGAAGCUUCUGCUCUAGAUUUUGAUGUGACAGAUAAUCGAAUAUACUGGACUGACAUUUCAUUGAAGACCAUCAGCAGGGCAUUUAUGAAUGGCAGUGCACUGGAACAUGUUGUAGAGUUUGGCUUGGAUUACCCUGAAGGCAUGGCUGUAGAUUGGCUGGGGAAGAACUUGUAUUGGGCUGAUACUGGAACAAAUCGCAUAGAAGUGUCAAAGCUGGAUGGACAGCAUCGACAAGUGUUGGUGUGGAAAGAUCUUGACAGUCCCCGGGCACUGGCAUUGGACCCUGCUGAGGGGUUUAUGUACUGGACUGAAUGGGGUGGUAAGCCGAAGAUUGAUAGAGCUGCUAUGGAUGGCAGUGAGCGGACUACUCUUGUACCGAAUGUGGGACGUGCUAACGGCCUAACUAUUGAUUAUGCUAAAAGACGACUGUACUGGACUGACCUCGAUACCAACCUGAUAGAAUCCUCCAACAUGCUAGGCCUUGACCGUGAGAUUAUAGCUGAUGACCUGCCUCACCCAUUUGGCCUGACUCAGUAUCAGGAUUACAUUUACUGGACAGACUGGAGCCGGCGUAGCAUUGAACGAGCCAACAAGACCAGUGGCCAGAACAGAACUAUCAUCCAAGGGCAUUUGGAUUAUGUUAUGGACAUCUUGGUCUUCCAUUCCUCCAGGCAGGCAGGCUGGAAUGAGUGUGCCUCUAGUAAUGGUCACUGCUCUCAUCUCUGCUUAGCAGUCCCUGUCGGUGGUUUUGUCUGCGGGUGCCCAGCUCACUACUCCUUGAAUGCUGACAACAGGACUUGUAGUGCUCCUACAACCUUUCUUUUGUUCAGUCAGAAGAAUGCAAUUAAUCGCAUGGUGAUAGAUGAACAGCAGAGCCCAGAUAUCAUACUCCCUAUACAUAGUCUCAGAAAUGUUCGAGCCAUCGACUACGACCCCCUGGAUAAACAGCUGUAUUGGAUUGAUUCUCGGCAGAACAUCAUUAGGAAGGCACAGGAAGAUGGCAGCCAGAGCCUCACUGUUGUGACAAGUCCAGUUCCCAACCAGAACUUAGACAUGCAGCCUUAUGACCUGAGCAUUGACAUCUACAGCCGCUAUAUCUACUGGACCUGUGAAGCUACUAAUGUGAUCAAUGUGACACGCCUGGAUGGGAGACCCAUGGGAGUGGUGCUCAAAGGAGAUCAAGACCGGCCCAGAGCCAUUGUGGUGAAUCCAGAGAAAGGAUACAUGUAUUUCACCAACCUACAGGAAAGGUCUCCUAAAAUUGAGAGAGCAGCAUUGGAUGGAACUGAACGAGAGGUCCUUUUUUUCAGCGGUUUGAGCAAGCCCAUAGCCUUAGCUAUUGACAGCCAGCUAGGCAAGUUGUUCUGGGCUGAUUCAGACCUGCGAAGAAUUGAAAGCAGUGACCUUUCAGGUGCUAACCGAAUUGUUUUGGAAGACUCUAAUAUCUUGCAGCCUGUGGGACUAACUGUAUUUGAAAACUGGCUGUAUUGGAUUGACAGGCAACAGCAGAUGAUUGAAAAGAUUGAUAUGACUGGUCGAGAAGGACGUACAAAGGUCCAAGCUCGUAUUGCACAACUUAGUGACAUUCAUGCUGUGAAAGAGCUUAACAUUCAGGAAUACAGACAACACCCUUGUUCUCAAGAUAAUGGUGGUUGCUCACACAUUUGCAUUGUGAAGGGCGACGGCACCACGCGCUGCUCUUGCCCAGUCCACCUUGUUCUGCUGCAGGAUGAGCUGUCCUGCGGAGAACCACCAACUUGCUCCCCUCAGCAGUUCACCUGUUUCACAGGUGAGAUUGACUGCAUCCCAGUGGCCUGGCGCUGUGAUGGUUUCACUGAAUGUGAGGACCACAGUGAUGAAAAAAACUGUCCGGUGUGCUCGGACACCCAGUUCCAGUGUGAAAGCGGACAGUGCAUAGACAGUGCCCUCCGGUGCAAUGGAGAAGCAAAUUGCCAAGACAACUCAGAUGAGAAAAACUGUGAAGUGCUUUGUUUAACUGAUCAGUUCCGCUGUGCCAGUGGGCAGUGCAUUGGUAAAAGCAAGAAAUGUGAUCACAACCUGGACUGUAGUGACAGCUCGGAUGAACAAGGAUGCUACACGACAGAGGAGCCUGCUCCACAGCCCAACAACACGAUAGGCUCCAUCAUUGGUGUGAUCCUCACAGUUUUUGUGGUUGGAGCAAUGUACUUCAUCUGCCAGAGGGUGUUAUGCCCACGCAUGAAGGGAGAUGGGGAAACAAUGACCAAUGAUUAUGUGGUGCAUGGACCAGCCUCUGUACCUCUUGGUUAUGUGCCUCACCCGAGCUCUUUGUCAGGAUCCCUUCCUGGGAUGUCUCGAGGUAAAUCUGUGAUCAGCUCCCUCAGCAUUAUGGGGGGGAGCAGCGGGCCACCCUAUGACAGGGCCCAUGUCACUGGAGCCUCUUCCAGCAGUUCUUCAAGUACCAAAGGCACUUACUUUCCUCCAAUUUUGAACCCACCACCUUCACCAGCUACUGAACGUUCACAUUAUACCAUGGAAUUUGGUUAUUCUUCAAACAGCCCAUCCACUCAUAGAUCCUACAGCUACAGGCCUUACAGCUACCGGCAUUUUGCACCUCCCACGACCCCCUGCAGCACAGAUGUCUGCGACAGUGACUAUGCCCCCAGCCGAAGGGUGACGACAGCAACAGCCAAGGGCUACACUAGUGACUUGAACUAUGAUUCGGAGCCUGUCCCUCCGCCUCCGACUCCGCGUAGCCAGUACCUGUCGGCAGAGGAGAACUAUGAGAGCUGCCCACCCUCCCCGUACACGGAGCGGAGCUACUCGCACCAUCUCUACCCACCACCGCCAUCCCCCUGCACAGACUCCUCAUGAGGGGCAGCCCCCCUCUCCGUUAUCCGCCUCUGUCGUGAAAGUGUAAAUACAAAAUGUUCUGCUGGGGAGGGGGGAGGGAGCUCUCGGUGAGGGAUGAGGUAGGACAGUGUACAGUUAAAUGUUAUUAAGUGGGGUGGAGGAAUCCUGGAGAUAUUUGUACAGAAGAGAGAAAAAAAGGAUAUUUAUAUAUUUUCUUAAACAGCAACUGCUGCUUGUGCCAUAAGAAGAAGAAUUUUUGUAUAAAAGAACCCAGACAUUUGUACAAAAAGUUUUUAUUUUUGCAAACGGAACUCAAAAACAUGCCUUAAUCCAGUGAAGUGACUGAGCACAUAAGGAAAUGGAAGAACCAGGAUGUGUCACUUGUCCAGUGAGGUGAGAUGUUGUGGGGUUUGUCAAUACCAAAUAUGUUUAAAGUAAUUAAUAAUAAAGAAGUCCAUCUCAGAGCAGCAUACCAUAGAUACUUGGAAGUAGCCAAAUAACCUCUAUAUUAACUACAGAGGGCCAGCAACUAAAGUUAAACUUGAAAACGCAGUCAGGACAGAUAUUAACCUUACAUAAAGGGCUUUGUUUUCUACAGGAAUACAGCAAUCGUAGCAGUGAAUCCAGAAAAAUAAUCACACUUUUUUUUUUUUUUUUUUAAAGAAGACACCUCUGUUUUUCUUAAUGCAUUUACCAAACUAGAGCAUUUAGAGCUCUCUCCUUGCUUCUAGAAUUUCAAUGAUUUUGGUUGGGUAUAUUUUAAAGUGUGCUUUCUUAACACUGUUUAGCUUUUCUCAUCUCUUCUGCAUCCUUUCUUCCUUCCCAUGUCACUUUAAUCAUAUAAUCCUAAUUUAAAAUACUGCUAGAAUUGGGCUGCUGUAAAUUCUUUUUUUCCCCUCCUAAU